AUGUGUCGUGUGCCUAUUUUUGUUUUCGUGUUUUAUAUUUUUUGUGUCAAUAAUGGAAUUUGUUUUAUUAACUUGGCUGACGUAGAAUGCGGUAUCGACGUGGCUCGCAGUGCCCGUAUAGUGGGCGGAGUGGACAGCCUGCCUGCGGAGUUCCCCUGGGCAGCCAGCGUGUGGAGACAGGGUGCUCAUCAGUGUGGAGCCACUGUGCUCAAUGAUAGGUGGCUGCUGACUGCUGGACAUUGUGUUUGCAGUGUGUUCGAUGAGUUCUACAAGUCAAAGCAACUUUCAGUUGUAGUUGGUUACACCGAUAUCUCCGUCAAGGAUGAAAAUCAACCUGUUGCCAGAAUCAUCCCUCAUCCAGAUUAUAGGUGUAACAAGAAAUCUAAUGACGUAGCUCUUCUGAAGACAGCUCGGCAACUGCGCUGGUCAACUGGUCUCCAACCAGCGUGUCUGCCCAACUCCCCUGCCCAGGACUUCAGUGGAACGUCAGCAACUGUUGCUGGGUGGGGUUUUACUCAUGAGGAUAGAGAGAAAGGGUCAAGACCCAGCAUAUUACAGAAGACAGAAGUGACAGUAGUGACGAAUGAUGAGUGUAACAGCUGGUACAGGUCGCAGGGCAGCAAGAUCAAGGUCAUUCCCACCCAAAUGUGUGCUGGACAUGAAGUUGGGGGCCGUGAUUCUUGCUGGGCUGACAGCGGUGGCCCACUCAUGGUCAGGGACGACAGACGGCACGUGAUGGUAGUAGGAGUAGUUUCCACUGGCAGUGGAUGUGCCAGACCCAGGAUGCCUGGAGUAUACACCAGAAUAUCUAGAUACACGGACUGGAUAGUACAAAGCAUCAAUGGAGAUACAGCAAGAAGUGGGUUGAACUGGUAUCCAAGUUUUAGUAGCUUUUUUGGACGAAGAUGA